AUGAUACUCCCAUUAGGCAAUUUAAUCGGCGCUGUGACAACACUGCUCGUUCUGCGAAGCAUUGUCACAGCUUUGUACCGUUUGCUACUUCAUCCGCUGGCAAAAGUUCCCGGACCAAAAUUAGCGGCAAUAACUUGGUACUACGAGCGCUAUUUUGACAUUUAUCAUAAACAGCAGUUCUUCAAGCAAAUUGGGAAGCUUCACAAGAAAUAUGGACCUAUCGUCCGCAUUAAUCCAAAUGAAGUUCACGUUGCGGAUCCUGAAUUGAUUGAUGUAGUUUAUCCUGGAGGGUGGAAGAAAGUAAACAAAGAUCCAUAUCUAUACGUGAUUUGGCAGACCUCGUUUUUUUCGAUUGCACAUGACGAGCAUCGGAUGCGUCGAAACGCUCUGAGCCGUUACUUCUCGAAGGCCGCAGUUUCAAAAUUCGAGCGUUACAUUAGAGAAACGAGUGAGAAGCUUGCACGACGUCUACUGGAUUACCGCAAAUCAGGACCCAUCACGAUCUCUGCAGCUUAUUCGAGCUUUGCAACAGAUGUUAUUACAGAGUACAGCUUUGGAAAAAGCUUUCAUCUCCUGGAUAGAGAUCGCUUCUUGCCAAAUCUUCAAGCCGCGAAUGAUGGCUACGGUCAAAUGCUCCAUAUCCUACGAAUAUUUCCUUGGCUUUCGAUUGUGAUGACAUGGAUUCCACAAGAACGAUUACUGAAGAUGAAUCCGGGAAUGGCGGAGUGGUUGGCUCUCGAACAAACAUGCAAAGAUGCUACCGCGGAAGCCCAGGCUCGCAGGAGCUCAGAGAAACAACCAAAGGGAUACUACAACGUCGUCGACGAGUUGCUGCAAUCGAGCUUGCCAGAUUCGGAAAAGAGCUUUGAUAGGCUCUGGCUAGAGGCCGAGGGACUUGUCUCCGCGGGAACGGAGACUACUGCGUGGAAUCUAUCGUUGUGUACAUUCUAUAUAUACAACGAUCGAAGCAUCAUGCGCAAGAUGCGAGCGGAACUUUUGAGCGAAGCCCGGGAUGAGAAGUUGCCUUCUCUGGCAAGACUCGAAGCCUUGCCAUACUUUAGUGCCGUGAUUAUGGAAACAUUGAGGCACUCAUUUGGCCCGGUGACCAGACUGCCUCGCGUGUUUCCUAAUGAAGCGACAGUGAUGCGGUCAACGCAAAAUGGGAAACCUGUCGAAUAUGUUAUUCCUCCCGGUUUCGUUGUCUCUAUGACCUCAAUUUACAUUCAUAUGAACGAAAGGCUAUUCCCCAAUCCCCACGCAUUUAUGCCUGAGAGGUGGCUGGAUGAUCAAGGCAGGCGGAGAAGAGAUAUGGAAAAGUAUAUCUUAACUUUUUCUAGGGGCACGAGGAAUUGUCUCGGGAUGAAUUUGGCAUACGCCGAGUUGUACAUGUGUCUCGCCGCUAUUGUCCUACAUAUUGGCGAUCAAAUGGAGUUAUUUGAGACAGACUUGCGAGAUGUAACUCCUGAGUACGAGACAUUUGCAAUGAGACCAUACAAAGGAAGCCAGGGAAUCCGAGUAGUAAUAGACUAA